UGCUGUACAGAGGAGAGAGCUGUGAGCUGGAACUUGAUUCCCAUUGCUUUUCUAAGACUGCUGUUAAUAUCUCAAAACAUGUCGCCGUUCACAACCGUUGUGUUGUUCAGUGUUAUAGGUUGCACUCUGUCAAUCUGGGUAACUGUUCCUCAAAAGAUUGUUAAUGUGAUUGUUGGUCAAACUGCGAAUCUUCAGUGCACUUUCACCACCAAUGUGCCAAUGACCAGCCUCCUGGUCCAGUGGACUCUCUACCCUAGGGCUUCCCUGACUCCAGAAGAGGUAUUCUACUACCAGUCUGGAGAGACGCAGAUUGGCAAGCAGUUCCAGAACAGGCUAACAGUCCAUUCCAUGAUAAAUACCACAAAGAAUGCCUCCAUCUCCAUCAGUAACAUGCAGACUGCAGAUGCUGGAACCUACACGUGUGAUGUCCGCAACUUUCCUGACAUCUCAGGCCAGGCAGAAGCUAGCGUCACGGUCAACGUUCUUGAGAAACCAUCAUACCCGGCUUGUGCAGUCCAUGGAGAUGUGUCGACCGGUCAUUUGGUCACUCUCACCUGUCAUUCAUCCAAUGGCAGCCCCUCUCCACAGUACACCUGGUCCAGAAUCGAGCAGGGGAAGAAAAUGAACGUCCUGGGCAUUACAAAUGUGAAUACUGGCACCAUGUACAUCCGCAACAUCUCUCAGUUUGAGUUUGGAACAUACCAAUGCAAUGCCUCCAACUCUGUGGGUUUCUCCACCUGCACUGUAGAGCUCAGCUCAGAGCUGAAUGAGGCGACGAUAGUGGGUGCGGUGAUUGGAGCCCUGCUAGCUGUUGCUUUCAUUGUGCUCCUUGUGUGGUUCAUCACUCAUAAGCUGAAGAAGCAGAAGCAAGCGGAGGCCAAGGCUAGCAUGAAGCAGAACUAUGCUGUCGUCCCUCCACAAAACAGUGCCCAAGAAAUGCAGGAGCUGCAGGCUUGAGAAAUACAAAGAAGCUUAAAUCCAGCCCUUCAACCAGCUAUGCUACAAAACAUAUGGCUAAUUAUUACUAGUUAUCUAUCACUCUUACACUGUUGAUUUCAAGCUGUCAGAAACUUGCAUAACUUUAAAGUAACAUAACCAACUUUUUUGUUGUUGUUGUUGUUGUUGUUUUAUAUUUUUGCUAAAGUUGAUGAGUAAAGGCAUGUGGAUUUAGUUUAGCUUUCGUUUGGAUUUGUACACAAUGACUAAUGCACUAAAUAUUAUGAUACUGUAGAUCAUGUAUGAAUGCUCUAGAGAGCUCUUUAGCAUUUUUGCAGCUUUUUAGCAUUUUUUUUGCAGGUGAUCAAUGUCAUGUUUUCUGCCAGUUUUAUAUAGUGAUAUGUUGCUUAUCAUUUGUGAUGUUCCUUGAUUGUUUUGGAUUACAAUAAAGGACAGACUGUCAACACUGAA